CUUAUUAGUAAUUCAGUUAAACAUUGUACCGUGAAUGAUGAGGAUGCUACGAACUGUUCCGUUAAUUUUUGUUAUUUUCACUGUUCUUCAUUGUGUAUCGGCUUCGGGCCAUGACGACCACGGUCAUGGCGGAAUUGAUGUUUUUGAUGAACUGAAGAAAAAGUUAAAUAUAACGGGAAAUUAUUUACCUGCAUCGGGAUUAAAAGGAAUUAUGGACACCAUAUUCCACAGCUUUUCAUGUUCUACGAAAACCCCUACAACUUGUAAGGAAUCUAUUUGUAUCUUACCAUCCAGUUUAAUCCAAGUGGUAGGUGGAUCUCAGAGUCUUGGAAUCAACGAGGAACAGUUCGAAGAUGUUGCUAUAGUAUUAUUAUACCAUCUGAAAAACCUUAACGAUUUCUGCAAACAGACAAUCAAUGCCUCCAUCUCCACGUUAGAAACCUACCAAGACGGUUUUGUUCUAUCUAUUAUAGCACCGGGUGUAGGCAACGUUACUAACGAAUACCAUCUAGACCAAGCCCUUGAACUUUUGAACAAAAGUUGGGAACCACAUACUCAUGAAGAUGAUGACCACGAAGAAGAACAUCACGAUGAAGUUCAUAUCUUUGAUGACAAAUGUUUGUCAGCUGACAUCAUAUUGCACCAUUUGAGCAAUGAGACAGAUAUAAUCGAAAGAGAGCAUUUUGGUGAUGUGGCAACUUUGAUGGUUUACCACUUGUUUAUCCAAUCUCCGAUUAAACAUACCUGUCGUCUAUUGCCAGUUAAGACAUACUUUAUAGAUGAACUAUUUGAAGAGUUUCAUGCUGUCAACGACACUAUCGUUGAAAAGGAAUUUAAUGAACUGCUUACAAAGUUACAAAUUGCACCAACUGAACACCACGAGGAAGAGGAAGGCGGGCACGGGCACGAUCAUAUACAUGCCGCGAGAAAACGAAGAAGCGUUGCCCCUGACAGUUUAUCAAGAUCGAAACGGGCAUCGCACGAUGGCCAUGAUCAUGGCCAUGAAUCCGACCAUUCUACGCCGAAGACCUGUUACAGUGCUAAGCAAUUGCUUACAAUAUUUGAAUCACCAGCACCAGUAUCUAAAGAUGCUUUCACCCAACUCUGCCCAGCUCUGAUUUAUCAACAAAUAUCUGGCUCAUGUAAAGGUGUUGUCGAAAAUCAAAACCAUAUGCCAACUGCAGCGGAACGAUAUGGAUACGGAACAGCGGCUAAUGUUAUAAUCACUCUAUGUUCUGUUUUUGGAGCAAUUUUGUUUCCAUGCACUAAAGAUAGGUGUUAUGCAUAUUUUAUGGCGACCUUUAUGGGGUUAGCUGUAGGAACAUUAGCCAGUGAUGCCAUUCUACAUCUUAUACCAGAGGCGUUUGGAAUCCAUAAGCACGACGACCAUGACCAUGAUCACGGUUCUGAUGAAAUUGUUGUUGAGCCCUUUGUUUGGUAUGGUUUUGCAAUGAUAGGAGGUAUAUAUUUAUUUUAUCUGUUGGAGUCUGUAUUCACUAUGUUGGCACCUGGGCAUUCGCAUGCGUUACACAAACACACGUUUAACGGCAGCUAUCCACAAAAGCCUGUUGGUAUGGAAUUACAAGACAAAGACAUACACGCUAUUGCAGGCACAAGUGAACCUGAGAAAAAAUUACAUCAUCUAGCUCUGAUGAUUAUUAUUGGGGAUGCUAUUCAUAAUUUUGCUGAUGGUCUUGCAAUAGCUGCUGGAUUUACACAAGGUGUAACAGAAGGUGUCAGUGUUAGUUUAGCUGUAUUUUGUCAUGAAUUACCACAUGAAUUAGGUGAUUUUGCUGUAUUAUUAAAAACUGGCAUGAAAUUUAAAAAUGCCAUUUUCUGGAAUGUGCUGUCGUCGCUGACGGCUUUUAUCGGUCUAUAUGUUGGUUUAUCGGUAGCCGAAGAUGACAUAGCUAGACAAUGGAUAUUUGCUAUUACAGCUGGCAUGUUUUUGUACAUAGCUCUAGUAGAUAUUUUACCACAGCUAGCACAUCCUCCGUCGAUUGGAAUAUUUGCAAUGACCAAUGUGGGAAUAUUAAUAGGAGUGGCUAUCAUGUUAUUGAUAGGAAUAUUUGAAAAUCAACUAAGAGUUAAAGGAUAAAAAGUUAGAGAUGAAGUUAAAUGUAAUAUAAGAGAUUUAAUUGUGAUGCGGUAUAUAAUAUUCGUGAUAUACUUGUGAUAUAUAUGGUGUAAUAAACAUGCAUUAGUUAUCUCAUAUUGUCAGUACUUACAUAACUGUGUUUAAACAAUCUUUUGAUUGUUUUCAUUAUUGAAAUUCAUAUCUGAGAAAAUGAUGUAUUUAAUUAAAAUAAGUUUAAACUGAAAAUUACAACCAUAUACAUUUAGCAAAUACGCAGUGUAUCCAUAUAGUCUGUCAAUCAAAACUACAUUGUUUAUUUUAGGCAUACAAUUGUAUAUAUUAUAUGCAUAAAUAUUUCAUUAAUAUAUACCUAGAGGCAAUUAACAUGACAUAUAAGUAAUAUUAAUAUUAUCUACAUAAGAUUUUAAAAACAUUUAUGUUUUCAUAAUGUUUUUUAUGUUUUUAUAAUGCUAUCUUAUGUUGAUGAAAUUUAAAUGUAUUAUAUCCCGAAUGCUUCAUCAUUGUUAGAUUAUGCAUUCUUCUUCUUAGAUACCUAAUAUUAAGACGGAGAGGACCACACCACAAAUAAACAAAACCCAUAAGACAAACCCCGCACAAAAGAGGCUUGAAAUUGGCCCCAUGCACUCUCGCCCUAAAAUUGCAUCUACCGUUAUUUUGAUUGUUUUGGGCCAAUCUUCUAACCAAUGAAUAAUGUGGGUGCUAUCAAUAUUGUUAAAGGUAAAUCUCUAAAAGGAAUAACAGUAUACGAAAAUGGUCAAAUUCCGUCAAGUAUUUCCACAGUUCGACAUCCUCUUGGGAUGAUACAAGCCAACGUUAGAUAAUAGGUAUUAGAAAUAAUCCAAAUGUAUCCAAGUCUACCGAUGAUAUUUUGGAUUUGUUGUCUUCGUUAGUUGUUCGAUGUUAAUUACCUGUCAAUUUAAAUUGCGAAAAUCAGAUUUUAUCCGGAAAACGACAAUAAAGAUCUGUGGCUUUAAUUAUGAAUUGGAUAAUUUUUAUGCCCUUUGAAAUAAUGAUUAACAGUAUAUUUCUCGAAUUUCUUGCUUUUCUUUUCUUUAUUUUUGUUUGUUUUGAUAUGAUAUAUAUUGUCCAUUUUACAAAAUCCAGAAAAUAAUGAGUCAGUCCACAACUUCUUUUUUUGUUUAAAUAUAACCUUGGACAGAUCAUAUUAACCAGAUUCAAUUAACACCCGGAGCUUUUAAAACAUACAAAUAUUCAAAUUUACUCUGGAAUUUAUGAAAUUGUCUGAAAAGCCCAACUACAAGUUGUUUUCGCAUACAUUGUAUAUAGCUCAAACAAAUCCACGAUCUCAAAGAUUGUGGGUUUUUUUAAACUGAAAUAUCAUAUUGUAAUAAUGAAAUUCUGGACAGAUUAUUCUUUUGGUCUGAAUAUUUGUAACGGGACUUUGAUUGAAUACAUAACUUUUAUUACCUUGCUUCAUUUAUAUAUAUAUAGUGCUAUAGACGGACAACAAAAAUGAAAUAUAUACGGAAAUCAGGUUAUAGUUUGAUUUUAUAUUGUAUUAUAUGUGAAAAUUGCUAGAAUAAUUUAGUCAUUUAUGAAGAAAUAUAUGUACUAGUAAACAAGGAUUGCAAACCGUUUCUGAAAAAAAGCAACCUUGGAAGUAUGUAAAUAAAGGAGAAUGGAUGUAAAUGUUUUAUAUAAUCUAUUAAUUAUGUAAAUUUAAUAUAACUUUAAGUAUUCAAAUACAUGAAAUGUUUAUUAAACUUUUAUAUAAAAUA